UUGACCGGUGUAGUUUUAUGAAACACUCUCUAAAAGACACCGGAAGGAAUUCCGUUGGUGAUUAAAAAUAACAUGGCUCAAUCAACAUUAGCUUUCGUGGUUUUUUGUUGUUGUUUUCGUGUAUUUGUCUGUGUGGAACAAAAUCAAAAUUCUUUCGCGAUAAAUCCACAAGCGGACUAUUUCAAUCCCUUCACGGAAAGUGGUAUUGCGGAAAGUCAGCAAAGUGCUUCGGUGGUGCCUCGACCAAACGUUAUAUCAGUUCAAUCGGAUAUUUUUCGAAACUCUUUUAGGAACUUGAUAAAACCGACCGUGCGGAGUAUUGGAAAAUAUAGUGGUAACGCUCAGCAGCUCAAUGCUCAAUUAUGGCAACCGAAUUCGUUUUUGGCCGAUUUUGCUAAAAUGAGUGAACAAGCGGCUCAACAUCAACUUGCCAGACGUAAUGAAUUUGCAAACACGCCGAGAAGAAUGGAUAUUAGUGUGGAGCCUCAAAAGCUAUCCGAUUUUAAAUCGGUAACACCGCAAUUGGAAAACCCGAUAGGCAUCCAGAACCAGCCACUUAUACCUUUUACACCACGAACCAACACAUAUAUUCCUAAUAUGCUGCCCUAUAAGAAGUUGAAUGCACAACCCAGUUAUACAAGUGAUCAAAUUGUUAGACCCAGUUUUGUUCAAGUUCAUCCGAGUAGUGAACAUGAUGAUCAUGUAUUGGCGCAGUCGGCUGAUUGGCAGACGCAUGCAGAUCCCAGUGUGCAUUCAGGUUCAAAGUUGAAAAGCAAUGGCAACGACCAUCAUGACGGACAUUAUAGGUCUCAUGGUGAAAGUGAUGAGGAGGAUUAUAAUUCCAGCCACCAUGAUAGCAAAGGAAAUCAUAAGAAAUAUCACGACCACGACGACAAGGCUUAUCACAGAGAAAAAGGUGGCCAUGAUGAUCAUCACCAUGAUGAUGGGGCACAUUACAAAAAACAACAUGAAGCUUCUCAAUCACAUAAAGCUGCAAAAUUCGGCGAAAAGAAGGGACACAAGAGAGGUCACAAAACCAAAGGGUACCAUAACAAAUUUCAUCGAGAUGAAUAUCAUAGGGAGCACAGAUUCUAUGACGAUUACCACAAGGAGGGAUUCCAUAAGAAACAUGGCCAAGGUCAUUCCCAUUACAAAAACAAAAAAGGUGCUUUUAAAAAAGGAAGAAAUCACAACUCCAGCCAUAGUUCAGACAAGAAAGGUAAGAAAGGGUAUUCAAAGAAAGGAAAACUCAAUGACGAACAUGAAGGAUUUGAUGUCGAAAGUGGACAUAGGAAAUAUCACAGACAUCAUAAAAACCACCAAUCCAAGCAAGGCAAUACCAAUGGAAAGAAGUAUGGCUAUAAUCGAAAACACUGAUACAAUUUUCCGAACAAAUUUGGCAAUUUACAGCACCCAUGUUGAACUAGUCGUGAUAUUUUUAGGUCUUUGGUACGAUUGUUUCACUCUGCUGGAUUGUAUAGUUUCUGUUUGUUUUGCUAGGUUUUCCUCUUCUGACUCUAAUUUAAAAAUGACAAAAUUGUUAAAAUUUAGUAUUGAGAACUCGCAUUUUAAUAGCACUGUAUUACAACUUUGCACAUCAACACUAAUAAGUUAUGUGUUUUUACCCAUUUAUUCUCUUGCUUAUUGCAAAAAUAUAAAAUAUCUGUUAUUUAUAAAGUUCUACUAAAAUAGUUAUAUUUUUAUAUUGUUAUUUUUAUAUUUUUGUAUCGUAAAUAAACAUUGAAUUUGUUAUA